CAGUUAAAACGAUUGGUAGUAUCCUCUAAAUUCUGUUUUUGAUUGGUGUAUUAUCAAUGACGUGUCAAUUUCAUGGCCACAUUUCAAAGCUGAUUUCAGAAUGUAACUUGUAUAUGUCAUUCCAUGCACAUAUAACAAACAUUAACUUUUCCAUUUAUUCGUCUCCAAUGGAAAUACAUUCAAGAUGGCGUCACUCAUUGACAACUAUGAGCAACAAUACGCCGUUUUGACAGCUGACAUUACUGCAAAAAUUGGUAGAAUAAGAACACAAAACGGCAGUGAGAAAAGAGCGUUCAUUCAAGAUGUGGACAGACAAAUCGAGGAAGCUCAAGAAUUGCUUGAGCAAAUGGAAUUGGAGGUUCGUGGGAUAAAUGGUGCAGCUCGCGACCGCUUACGUGGUCGAGUAGAGAGUCAUAGAGCAGAAUUAAAACGAUUGACACAAGAAUUUCAUUCAGCCAAAAAAUCAAAAGAUGAAAGUAUUGAAAUAAGCAGAGAAGAUUCAUGGGAGAAUAAUAUUACAGAAGAUCAGAAAAAAAGAUUGUUAGAUACCUCAGAACGAAUAGACCGUACAGGAAGAACUUUACAAAAUGGAUAUCGUAUGGUAUUAGAAACAGAAGAAAUUGGUUCCCAAGUAUUGAAAGAAUUACAUGAGCAAAGAGAAACAAUUCAAAGGGGAAGAGGAAGAUUAAGAGACACAGAUGCAGAAUUGGGUCGUGGUUCACGUUUACUCUCAGGAAUCAUUUUUAGAAGCCUUCAGCAAAGAAUUAUUUUAGCAUUAGUAGCAUUAACGCUUAUAAUUGUUGCUUGUAUUGUCAUGUAUUAUAGCUUUAAAUCUAAAAGCUAAAGAUGAGAGUAGAAUGAAUCUUUUGGUUGGGAUAUUGGCUCAGGAGUCAUAUUAAAUUUCACUGCAUUUCAGGUAUUAUGAUUAUUGAAUAUAAUGUUUAUUAGGGGAUUAUUAAAUUAUAAAUUGAAGGAAUGUUAUAUAUCAUAUCCUUUUAUUAAUCUUUUCACUUGUUUGGAGCAUUUAAUAUCAUUAUAAUUUAAGCAUUCUAAUGCUCACAAAUCUUAACUAUAUAAUUUCAUAUGAUAUAGAUAUAUCACUACACAACAACAAGAGACGCUUAAAUAUGACAGAAUGCCGCCAAACAGUGAAGAAAUAUUCUAAUAUAUUAUUAGUAAUUAUAAAAAAUUCAGCUGUCGAACGGUAUUGUCAGUGAGCAUUGUUCACAAGCAGAAUUUAUUAAAAUGUUUGAAAAUA